AUGAGCGGCUUCCGCGUCGAGGUGUGGGCAGGCACGGCGGACGGUGGGGGUGGGAUGGCAUGGAGGCGGGUGGAGAAAUCGAUGAGGUUCCACAAGGUAGUGACGGUGGUGACCAAUCCUUUAUUCCAGUCAUACCGCCGGAAUGAGGUUGAUGUCAUCGGGGUGGCCGCUGGCCUUGUGUUCUUUCGGCAGUGGAAUCAUCUCUUCUCCAUUGAUCUUGAAACUAUGAAGCUAAACCAGUUGCCCAACGUGGAGCCCAUGGGGGCGCUGACCUAUCCUUACACAAUCGCGUGGCCACCCUCUUUCUUGAAUCCUGCUGGACAAGGCGGUUGA